GAGCAGUUUGAGGCUUUGUUUCGUGCGUUUGAUCCUGGCACAUCAUUCCAGUUCUUCAAAAGCUUCAGACGAGUUCGGAUCAACUUCACGGAUGCGCUGGCGGCGGCUGAGGCUCGAGUCAAGCUGCAUAAAAGUGACUUCAAUGGAAAGGAGAUGCGCCUGUAUUUCGCUCAGUCUGUACAUAUCGGCAGUCCUCGUCUUGAGCCUCCAAAACCAGAGAAGCAGUUCCUGAUUUCUCCUCCAGCGUCGCCCCCUGUUGGCUGGGCGCAGUCGCAGGACGCAAUGCCCGUCAUCAACUAUGACCUGUUGUGUGCCGUGUCCAAACUAGGACCAGGCGAGCAGUACGAGCUCCACUCCGGGACCACCAACACACCCAGUGUGAUCGUGCACGUGUGUGAAGACGACAGUUCAGAAGGAGAAGAUGAAAACGCCGAGUGGAAAACAAAACGUGCUCGGCCCAAAAUCAUCCAGACACGCCGCCCAGAUUUCGUCCCGUCGGUGGACCAGUGAGCAUUUCCUGACCCGUUCAUCUCCGCGACCCAAACCGGGGAGCCACUAGGAAACAUGCGGUCAUGCAGUUUGUCAUCCUCACCACUAGGGGACAACGGUGAGCAUCAAAACCUCUUCCUAGUUUAGCGAGGGAGACGAGCGUCCUCAUCAUCUCGCGCUUCAUUUCUGAACAUCAGGGACUCGAGAGCUUCUCUCGUCUUACGAAUGUCAUUAUUUGCUUGACGUCACUACUGUGUAUUUUAAUAACGCAAAGUGGAAACUGCGAGAUGUGCGUCUGAUUUGUGGAAGGCGGUUGUGUUUUUGUGUGUGUGUUUAGCACAAACAUCGUGUCUAGGCAUGGGCCGAUAUGAUAACCUUAGGUAUAAAUAUCACCGUUUCACAGUAUUACUGCUCGAAAUUUUUAUUAAUUUUUUUUAUUUUUAAUGUAUUGGUUGAAAAACGACUUUUAUUCCAAAUUAAACACAAUAUAUUUUAUUUUAAGAAACAUUUUGAAGCAGUAAACACGUCGGGCUACAUCAUUAAAAUAAAUAAUAGACUUCUGCUGUCUUCAUUUGUUUCAAAAACGCAGAUUUCUUUACAAUUUGAAAAGGAUAUCUUUAUUUUCUUUGGAUAUAAAGUAAACCACUGCACUGUUGAGAGCCGUAGCAUGCACGGAUGUUGGUUUAUAAGCCAUUUGUUUGCUGAUUCAUGGGCAUGACCAGUAGCUUUCGAUGUGGAUGGUCAUUUGCUGCUGGAGAUACCCUAACAGCUGAAUAAAAGUCAUAAUAAACACCUUAAAAAAACCAUUGGUAUAACGGAAAAUGUUAACGUUUUUUAAUCCUUGACUUUUCCAAACCGCAUUAUCGUCCCAUGCCUAAUCGUGUCUGAAGUGUGUAUCGUUCGGGGGCCACUGUUGUGUACUCAUGGUCUUUAUUCUCACGUAUCGUCUCUGCGUUUAGUCAGUUAAGCACUCGUACAGUCUUGAAAUGUCAUUAUUAUUGUCGCUGAAGUUCUUGACGAGCUCUCCAAGUAUUAUGCACUUUAAAAUAAUAGAGCCUUAUAAUGUGGUACAUGACAACAACAUGAAGUACUUGUGUUUGUAUUUCGAGCGCAACUGGGAUUGACUCCUUUUUAUUUAUUUAUUAAAUCCCCAUCACUCCAAAACAGAUCAGUGAAAAUUGGAACCAGAAUUAUUCAAAUAAAAUAUUAAAUCUAAACCAUCGGCUGUAUAAAAUGAAAUAAACAAUUGGCUUUGUGUUUAUAUACAACAUAAAUAUUGACUAUAAAUCACUGGCUCUGUUAAAUUAAAUCAAAAUAUUGAGGAUACCCUCGAAUUGAUUGGAUCUAAACAAUCUCACUGUAAAUUUCUAUAGAUUAUUUUAAAAUCCACUUAAUUCACAAUGCAUUUUUGUGAGAUUAAUAAUUGGUGUACAAUCAUUACUGUAAGCUGUUGGCCAUAUUUAAAAUGUGAAGCGUAUAUUUAACAACAUAUAUUAAAUAAUUUAAAAAUCAAAUUUAAAGACUUAACAUUAAGGCUCCAUUAGUUAGUAAACUUACAAUGGACAAUCUUUUUGCUCAUUGUUAGUGAACAAAAUGACAUGAACAAAUGAUUAAUCUUCGUUAGUAAGUUCGUUCGUUAAUAAUUUACUGUUAAUAAUAUUAUUCCAUAUAUGUGACCUAUAGUUGCAUAUUUAUUAACUGCAUUUAUUAACACAAUUACACAAGUAUUGUUCACCGUUAUUUAAUGCAUUAGCUCAUUAACUACUAGGAACUUAUUGUAAAAUAUUACCAAAUCAAUUUACAUAUAUCUGACAGUUUUGACAGACAGGAUGGCGGGUCACUUUUAUUAUGUUUUGUUUGCAUUUUCCAUAAUAAAAGCACUAUUGGUGGGUUUCUGUAUUAGUGCAGCAGAAUUAAAGUGAACGAUUUCAAACUAAGAAAAUUAAUAAAUGAAGUGUACGUUGUUGUCGAGCAGCGUUUAUCGUGACUUAAGGACAAAAUGAAUGCGUUGGUCUGCAGUUGCGCUCUUGUGAACUGAACCGCUCUGUUGUGCUCUACUGUCUUUGGAGAUGUUGUCCUAUUUUCCAUCUAACAUGAAAAAAAUACUACAGUAAUUUACUGCAAAUACUUUAGCGUGUUUGAACCAUACUAUAAUAGAGUACUGGAACUAAUCUGUUGAAAUGUUUUUACAGUUGCCAUGGUAACACAAUAACUUUAGCAAUGUAUUUGUUGUGGUGAUUCUAGAGUUGCUAUAGUAACACAACAACGAUAGCAAUUGAUUUGUUGUACUGAUACUACGGUUGCUAUGGUAACACAACAACUAUAGUAAUAAUCUGUAGUGCUAAUUCUACAGUUGCUAUGGUAACACGGCAACUAGAGUAAUUCAUUCGUUGCGCUGAUUCUACAGUUGCUAUGGUAACA